AUUUUCAAUGCUCAGUUGCUUUCUUAGUCUCGGCGGAGUGCAGUCAGAAUAUUUUGUAAACAGUAACAAUAGUAAUAAUAAAUAAAGCAAUAACAACAAUAGCAAUAACAAGCGUGAUGCAACAAUGAGAAAUCAAUUAUUAUUAACAACCUUAAACAAUAUCGACGAUUUGAGAUCACUGCGAGCUUUGUAUAAAGCAAACGGUAUAAGUCAAGUGCUCGGUUAUCAGACAUUAGACAACUACAUAAGUUGGUUCGAAAAGGAACCACAACAAAAACAUAUUAAGAUCUAUACAUUGCCGGAAGUGUGGCGGAAGAGUGGACUUUAUAUGAUAGUGGAUCGCUAUCAAUUAAUGGUGAAUGCUUUAGACAUCGCCGAAGCUGCAGAAGAACUGAGAAUUGCCUUACCACAGCUUGACUGGAGUCGUGGAUAUAAAAUGACUGGCGUGCCGGAUGCGCAUCAUGAAACGAUUUAUAAGCUAUUAACAAAGAUGAAUUUAUUAAUCGGCAUUGUACGCUUGCAUGUUGUGCUUAAGUCUAGAGAAGAAGCUUUAAAAUUGGAUGUGAGUUGCUCCUCACCAGAAUUCGAUUACCAUCCUCUAUCGCAGGAAGAAGCUGCUAUUGUCGACGGCAUUUGGUAUUCACGUGGUAAUGGUACUUUAAAGUUCAUAGAGCGGCUCAUUGCUUACAACAAUAAUAUGGGCAUUUAUUUAAAAUCCACCGGCGAAUUGAUUGCUUGGUGUAUAAGAUGUAAUUUGGGUCUCCUGGGCAUGCUGCACGUCAAAGAUGACUACCGAGGACGAGGUUUGGCCAAGCUAUUGGUGCAAAUGCUCUCUCGUCAAUUAGCCGGGGCCGGCGAAGAUGUCCUCACAAUGAUAAGCGAUCAGAACGCAACAUCACAAGCAUUAUUUAAAAAACUGAAAUUCGAAGAGAUUGGCCUAACCUACAUCUAUCGUACGAAACGCCAUGAGGACAGUGAGAUUUGGUCAGAUGAACUUGAGGCCGCGGAGUAAUAAAGUAAACACUUGAGGAAUUUUUUUAAAAUCUUUAUUUAAUCUGCUUUUAAUUAUCUAUUACGUGCUGUCGCUUACAAGCUAUACGUGUUUACAAACAAAUUAAUUUAGUAUGUGUGUAUGUCUAUAAAUUACAGAAAUAGUAUAAUUCAAGUUCUCUAUGGCACUCAAAUUUCACUGCGUUUGCUGAUAACCAAAGCAAAAGAAACAACAGUUAUUAUUAAACGUAUUUUGCUCCACUUUC